ACUCUAGAGAGAGAAAGAGAGGAGAGAGAGAGAGAGAGAGAGAGAGAAAUUAGAUGCCAACAUGCGCUAUAUGUACAAAGCUCACAACGGUUCUUUCCCUUUUAUCUGCUCCGCCACCUCGUGACCUUCUUUUCCCCUUCUCUCUCUCCUACACCACCAUACUCUCUCUCUGUCUCUCCUCUCUCUCUCCUCUCUCUGGUUUUUUAUGCUCACUUUUCACUCUAUAUUUAUCUAACACUAGACCAUUCCUCUAUUGGGUAACUUUCCUUUCCAAGAUAUUUUCCCUCCCUUUCCUCCAAAUCUCACUCUCAUCAUGCUCUGAUAUUCUCUCAGAGCAAAAUUUGAGCGUCAAUUGGAGGCAGGUUCUUUGGGUUUUGUGAAAAAAUUUCCCUACUAUUUGCAUUAAAAGAAAAAAAGAAAAAAAACUUUUGGCCUUUUCUCGCCUUUUUUUCACCUUAAAAAAGCCCAGAAAUUUGGUUUGUUCCUUUGAAGGGUUUAAGGGUUUUUGGCUAUUUCUAUGGCUUUUUCCAAAUUAUAGGAACCACAACUUUCUCAUAUAGUUUUAUUCCUUUUCUUUCUAUAUGUUGCUUCCGAGGAAUCACCAUCUCCAAAUGUCGUCGUGUUUGGGCGGCGGCGUCGGCGGCGGUGGAAGGGCCUACGCCUUCGAGCUGGAGAUGCUGAAAUCGCCAUCGCCAUCGCCAUCGCCAUCGCCAUCGCCAUCCACAUCUUCAUCUCCGUCACCGUCGUCAGCCUCAACAACGUUGUCGGAAUCCAGCAAUUCCGGCCUCGCAAUCACUACCCGGAAACCUCGGACUCGCCGAAAACGCCCCAACCAGACCUACAACGAGGCCGCCGCAUUGCUCUCCACCGCCUACCCCAACCUCUUCUCCCCCAAACACCUCGCCGCCGUCUCCUCCGCCGCCAGUAAUCCACGAACCUUCUCGAAAUCGCCUUUCUUGUUGUCCGACGAUUCGUCGGAGCUGUUUUUUCCGUUCAGAAUCAUCGAUGACGAUUCCACUUUCUUGAUAGACCAGAAACCCGGCGUCGUCCGAGCAAUAGAGACGGCGAAAUUCUCGAAUUCCUCGAAUACCUCAUCGACGACGACGACCUCGUCGGAUAAAUCGUGCCCCAGCCCCGGGGAAUUCGAUUCCCGCGCGGCGAGUUUCUGCCCUAGUGCCAUGAAUUACGAGGAGGACGAGGAUUUCGACUACGCCGAGGAGGUGGACGACGGUGGCGGAAUUGACAGCAUAAUGGGAAAUCUGGCCGUCGAAUCCUCCUCGGCGAAUAGUAGCAAUAUCUGUUUUGGGUGUCCGAUGGGAUUGGGAUUGGGAUUCGAAUUGGGGCUCGGAAUCGGGAGACCAGGAAUUGUUAAGGCCUUGAGGAAUAGCGACGAUGGAAAUUACAACAGUUGGUGGAAUUUUCCGACGGUGGACAUGGUGGAGCUCUCGCCGAGGUUCAUGAAGGGUUCGAAUUCGGCGUCGGAGAAGAUGAAGAAGAAGAAGAAGAUGAAGAAGGUAGCGGCGGUGGCGGAGAGAGAAAAGGCGGCGGCGGAAAAGGCCGUCGCCGGCGAUGGCGAGACAAAGGUGUUGGAAUUGCCGAAGACGAAUAGCAAUGCCGGGCUAGGGUUGUUGCUGAAGCUGAAUUACGACGGCGUUCUGAGCGCGUGGUCGGAUAAGGGCUCGCCGUUCUCCGACGAAGCUGACGUGCCGGGAAACGACGUCGCCGCCAGGCUGGCGCAAAUAGAUUUGUUCUCGGACACCGGCGGAGUGAGAGAGGCUAGUGUGUUACGAUACAAGGAAAAGCGGCGUACGCGCCUCUUCUCUAAGAAGAUCAGGUACCAAGUCAGAAAAGUCAACGCUGAUCGACGGCCCAGAAUGAAGGGGCGCUUUGUUAGGAGGCCUAAUUCAAAGCAUGAAAUAAUGGUGGAAAAAUAGCACAAGAAAAAGGAAACAUAUUUUGCCCUUCUUGAUUGAGAUCAUCAUCAUCAUCAUUUAUGGUGUCAAUAAUGCCUUGGCUUUUACUUUUUUUUCCUUUUUUUUCUAUUUUUUUUCCUUUAUAUAAUUAUCGCACUUAAAGUCGGCGGAGACGAAGACUAGUUAGAAGAGAAGAGUGGCUGGUCCAACAUCUAAAUUUUUAGUAUAGAGGAUUUUCUCAAAAUUGAUGUAUUAUGUUUGAUCUCCUGGUUUUGUUGUCUUUGGAUCACAUGUUAAAGCUUCUACUUUGUUCCAAAGUCAUGAACACCUUUUUGUUAGGUUUACUAAAAAGCAAGGAAAUUUUGUUCGAUGUAAUGUAGUAGUAGCAAAAGAUA